AUGACAAAUUUUACACAUGUCUCAGAGUUUGUUCUACUUGGAUUCAAAGGGGGCCCUUGGAUACAAAUGGUGCUAUUUCUGAUUUUCUUAGUUUUGUAUGUUAUAGCAGUGGUGGGAAAUUUUGGCAUGAUUGUAAUUAUUAAGAUAGAUGCACACCUGCACACUCCAAUGUAUGCCUUCCUCCAAAGCCUUUCCUUUUUGGACAUCUGCUAUUCUUCCACAAUUGCUCCUAGAGCUCUGAUAAACUGCUUGAAACAGGACCACACAAUAUCAUUUGGUGGGUGUGCUGCACAAUUCUUUUUUUUGUCUUUUUUUGGUACUACAGAAGCUUUUCUCCUGGCUGCCAUGGCCUAUGACCGCUUCAUUGCCAUCUGUAAUCCUCUUCUCUACUCUGCGAGUAUGUCUCACUGGGUCUGUGGAUUAUUAGUGUCAGGGUCCUACUCAUGGGGUGCAGUGAAUGCUGUCACUCAAACCACAAUGACCUUCACUUUGUUCUUUUGUGGGUCCAAUGAAAUCAAUGACUUCUGUGAUGUCCUACCACUACUAACUCUCUCAUGUUCAGAAACAUUUAUGAACCAGCUGGUUCUUCUUGGCUUAUGUGGUUCCAUUAUCAUCAGUACCUUCUUGACUGUUUUUGUUUCAUACAUCUAUAUCAUCUCAACAAUAAUGAAGAUCCGCACAGUGCAGGGACGCCAGAAAGCCUUCUCUACAUGUGCCUCCCAUCUAAUUGGUGUGUGCUUGUUUUUUGGUACUGUUUUCUUCAUGUAUGCACAGCCCAGUGCUGUCUCUUCCAUGGAGCAGAGCAAAGUGGUGUCUAUCUUCUACACUAUUGUCAUUCCUAUGUUGAACCCCCUCAUAUACAGUCUGAGGAACAAAGAUGUCAAGCAAGCUCUGAUAAGAAGCAAACAGCGAUUCUCCACCUGA